CUGACAAGGCCACCUGCCUGGGAGGAUGCAGAGGAACUGGGACACUCCAGCGUUACUGGCGGGAAGGCAGGUGGUACCGGCACUGUAGAAAACGGUUUGGCCGUCUCCAAUGCAGUUAAAAGCGCCCUCACCAUGGGACUUGGCUGCCCCACUCCUGGGUAUAAGAUUUACCCCAGAGAAGUGAAAGCGUGCAGCCUUGUAGAAACCCACACACCAGUGUUUGUAGCAGUCUUGUUUGCAUUUUGGAUAGCAGCCUUGUUAGGUUUUCACAAACCACCCUCAGCGGACAGUCAGAUAAACAAACUGUAGGCAUCCAUACAAUGGAAUACCCCUCAGAGGGAACGACCUGUGGAUACAGGGAGGGAACAACUUGGAUGAAUCUCAUUACAGACGUUAUGGGGAUGGCGGGAAGCCAGUCUCAACAGGUUACUUGUCUCGCGAUGCCAUCUACAUAAAGUUCCAGCAGAGACGAAAGUACACUGAUGGAGAACAGAUCAGUGUUUGCCGGGGCUAAUGGUGGGACAGUGUGACAGUGAAGGGACAGCAUGAGAGAGUUUUGCAGGGUGACAGACCUCUUCUGCAUCCUGUCUACAGCUGUGCGAAUCUACACUUGUGUGAAGACUCAGAGAACUCACACCAAAGGAAGACAGUCACUUUUCCUACCGUAUGAUAGAUAAUAAAAAGGGAGAACGGAGAAGUGUCGUCCCAGGGGGCAGGGCAGGAGGGCAAAGACGUGUCACAGGGGAGCCUGGCCAAGUGGCGCCCCCAGAACUCAUCUUCUGGGCUUGUGUGUGGAUGAGACAAGGUCUACCUGGUACGACAGCGCUAUACUUGGAAUGCCCCCUUGUCAUGGAGGCAGGGACCCGGCAGUGCUACGUAUCCAGCAUCAGCCUGUAUCCAGCAUCAACCUGCCAAGUUCACUAACUUGGUAGGGGUGAGGUUAGGGAUCCUUAGGAGCCCAGGCAGCCACACUUUCUGGGGAGCCCGUUCCCAUUUGUGUUGCCAAAGUACCCCCAGCAGGUUGUGGGAAUGUUGCCUGUGAAGAGCGUCUGUUGUGGUGAGAUCUUGUGUGUGUGCACAGGGUGACAGCUGUGUCCCGUUUCCCGGGAAGCUAUGAUGGCAGCAGAACCUAGGGGAGCCUGACGGAGUGUGGGAGGGUGGGCCUCUGGAACAGUAGAGGCUGCGGAGCCAGAUGCAGGGCUGUCUGUCACCCAAAGGUAGAGGGACUGAUGACUCACUGAGCGUGUGUGUCCCUUGGUGGCAGCAGGCCCCAUAGUGAACAUACCAUACCUUUUCUGUCCUGAGCGAUCCUCGCAGCAGUCCUAGGAGGUGGAACGGUCCUUAUUCGGCUCGCGGGAGGGACCGCCUUAACUGGACAGACACAGCAAGGUGCUAAAGAUGCCUUCCAUCAGAGGCCAGGUUGGAAGCUCUAAAGAGACUUCUCUCGCUGUUCUCUCACCCACCCCCAGGUUGUGUGUGUCCCGCUGUGGAUUCUCAUGUCCUUUCUGUGCCUGGUGGUCCUCUACUACAUUGUGUGGUCCGUCUUGUUCUUGCGCUCUAUGGAUGUGAUUGCAGAGCAGCGCAGGACACAUAUAACCAUGGCCCUGAGCUGGAUGACCAUCGUCGUGCCCCUUCUUACAUUUGAGAUUCUGCUGGUUCACAAACUGGAUGGCCACAACGCCUUCUCCUGCAUCCCGAUCUUUGUCCCCCUUUGGCUCUCGUUGAUCACGCUGAUGGCAACCACAUUUGGACAGAAGGGAGGAAACCACUGGUGGUUUGGUAUCCGCAAAGAUUUCUGUCAGUUUCUGCUUGAAAUCUUCCCAUUUCUACGAGAAUAUGGAAACAUUUCCUAUGAUCUCCAUCAUGAAGAUAAUGAAGAAACCGAAGAGACCCCCGUUCCGGAGCCUCCUAAAAUCGCACCCAUGUUUCGAAAGAAGGCCAGGGUGGUCAUUACCCAGAGCCCUGGGAAGUAUGUGCUCCCACCUCCCAAAUUAAAUAUCGAAAUGCCAGAUUAGAUGCCACUUCCCGGGACAGAGCUUAAGUGGACUGGGACGCGCUCUCUCUGCCUGCCUCUGCCCCGUCGUUCACCCCGCAGACCAGAACCAGUACUGGAGCUGGGUCUCCAGGUACGUCCAUCUCAUGCCUUGUUUGCAUCCAGCGCCUAUCAGCCACUCACCAUGACGGGACGCGGAAGUGGCAGGUGACGGGGGUGUGUGCCAGCAGAUGCGGAUGCCAGGAAGAGUAUGAGAACGGGUGGGAUUUCCAUCUGUCUGGGAGGAGCUCCAGGUACCCCUCUUCCCCAUCAGACCCACUGGGGGAUGGCUGCUUGCCAGGCCCCCAGAAGGAACAUCUGUCUACACGGUGCUGAAAUCUCAAUCAAAAGUGUUGUUUCGAAAUGUAUUUCUCCACAGGGCUGACCUCCCGCAGCUCCCUCAGCACUCCCAGGUCCUCAGCACUCCCAGGUCGCGGCUGGGGCAGUCAGUAGGAACUGUAACUAUGUCUCUGAUGCACCACGUGUUUAGACACAGCACAGUCCUUUUUUCUGUUCCUACUGUGGAAGUAGUUUCUCUCUGGGCAUGCUGACAGCAGGUUCUCAUAGCCUCACCCAUGAGCCCUUUCGAUGGGAGUGACUCCAUGCCUGUAUACAGAGUAUUUAUACAAAUGUUUUAGCAUCUUCAUAUGCGGUGUUAACCCCUAGUUCUGUACAGCAUAUUCUGUUCAAGUAUUUUUUUACAAGCUUGUGCUGUAGGCACAUGCCUUCUGCUGCAGAAGUGGAUGCCCGUGGCACACCCACCCCGUCCCAGUGGGGUUCCACGCCUUCGUGGGACAUUGCCACUUCUGCCCUGGAACUCCUGCAGGUACGUAGUAGCUGCUGCUGGCAGAACAGCAACGCCAAGCAAGACAUGGUCCAUGCUUUUCUGACGUUCUCAGAAUAGUGGCUAGCCUAAAACCUGACAAGCGCUGCUUGAAGCCGGAACACUGGAGAAUGUUGCUGAGAGCAGAAACGGCCACGCGGGUCACGACUAUGCAUGGGAAAGUCUCAAGCUUCCCUCCUGCCAGCAACAAGAAGGCUUUGGGGUAGGCGCGAUGUUUUCCUAUGUGCGUGCCGUUUCUCCAAGCACUGCAGGUUCCGCCGUGUGUCAGAGGCUGCAAGUUUAACGUCCUCCUGCCUGAAAACAAAUAGGUCCUUUGCUGAAAAGAGGGUAAAAAAAGAGCUUUGAUCUUCUCAGCCAGGAGAAGAGUGUGGCGUUUUAACACGGGCAACUGCUCGCCGGCCUACAUGGGGUUAAUUCAAGUCUGCUGCGAACACGACUCCGCCUCCAGCAAGCCCUGUUCUCUUUGGGGUACAGGGGAACAGGAUGGUUUAGCCCUUCCUGCUCAGUGUGUAAAAAAUGUAGCUAAAGCCACUAUUUUUGCCCUCUUAAGCUGUUCAAUAAACCGGUUCCUCAUUUUA